UAGGAGGUGAGCGUGACUCAGGGCAUUUGGGUGCCUGCCCCGGCGGCGCGCGGCUCUUCCACCGUAGAGCCGGGGGCUGGUGGCAACGGCAGCGGCGUCCCCAAGCCACCCCGAAGGGCGCCGGCCCCGGGCGUUAAUGCGCCGCCGGGCCGACCGCUGGGACGCAGCGCGGAGCCAUGGAGGGGCCCGGCCAGGACGCCGAGGAGACGAUGCGGAGAAACCUGGACCCCGAGGGCUACGAGGACCCGGGGAUAAAGGGCUCGAGGAUGUCGCUGGAGGAGACGAGCAGGGCCGGCGGCGGCACCGGGCCCCCUUUGGCCGCGCGGAGGGCGAGAGGCGAGGAGCUGGCGCCCCUGCGCCGGUAUUUGCCCAGCCACCGGGGAUCCUAUGACCUGGACGGGAGGAGGCGCGCGGCCGGGGCCCCCCCGGGACGGGUCAGCCGCCGUGGCGGAGGGCAGACUCCGUCGGUGACCGAUGUGGACCUGGAGGCGGCAGGGAGCAGGCGGCUCGUGUCCCGGUGGGACACCCAUGAGGUCUACACGGAGCUGCACGAGCUGGUCAUGGACAGCAAGAAGGAGCUGUGCUGGAUGGAGGCCGGCCGCUGGCUCCAGCUGGAGGAGAACUUCACGGCCGGCGGGGACUGGGGCCAGCCCCACAUCUCCUUCCUGACCUACCGCAGCCUCCUGGACCUGCACCGCGCCCUCGCCAGAGGCGCUGUGCUCCUCGACGUGGCGGCCACCUCGCUGGCGGCCGUUGCGCACGUGCUCAUCGAGCAGAUGAUCUACGAGGGGCAGAUCAAGCCGCAGGACAGGGAGGACAUCCUGAGGACGCUGCUGCUGCAGCACAAGCACCCCAGCGAGGCCGAGUCGGUGUGGACGCUGCCGCCGGCGCAGCUGCAGCGCUCGGGCACGGUGCCGGUGGAGACGGAGCAGCCGCUGCUGCGGGAGCACCAGGCCCUGGAGAUGCGGGCGCUGGACGGGGCCGAGCAGACCCCAAGCGGGACCAGGCCCGGGCCCCAGCUCCCCGAGAAGCUCCCUGAGGAUGCCGAGGCCACGCUGGUCCUCGUGGGCUGCGCAGCCUUCCUGGAGCAGCCGACGCUGGCCUUCGUGCGCCUGAGGGACGCGGUGACGAUGGAUGCUGUCCUCAACGUGCCCCUGCCCGUGCGCUUCCUCUUUGUGGUGCUGGGCCCUGACAGCCCCCACGUCAGCUACCACGAGAUCGGCCGCACCAUCGCCACCAUGAUGUCCGAGAGGGUUUUCCGCCGCGACGCCUACCUGGCCGAGGGCCGCCAGGACCUGCUGCGGGGGGUCGAGGCCUUCCUGGAGGCCAGCAUCGUGCUGCCGCCCACCGAGACCCCCAGCGAGCAGCACCUGCGCAGCCUGGUGCCGCUGCAGCGCCAGCUGCUCCGCCGCCGCUACCAGCACCCCGAGAAGGCCCCCGAGGACUUCCUAAAGGAGACGUGGACCAAGAGCGAGGAGCCGGAGGACGACGAUCCGCUGCGCAGGACGGGGCGCCCCUUCGGGGGGCUGGUGCGGGACAUCCGCCGCCGCUACCCCAAAUAUCUCAGCGACAUCAAGGACGCCCUCAGCCCGCAGUGCUUGGCCGCCGUCAUCUUCAUCUACUUCGCGGCACUGUCCCCUGCUGUCACCUUCGGAGGCUUGCUGGGUGAGAAGACCAAGGGCAUGAUGGGGGUGUCGGAGCUGCUCAUCUCCACCUGUGUGCAGUGCGUCCUCUUCAGCAUCCUCAGCGCCCAGCCCCUGCUCGUCGUCGGCUUCUCGGGGCCCCUGCUGGUCUUCGAGGAAGCCUUCUUCUCGUUCUGUGAGGGCCAGGGCUUGGAGUACAUCGUGGGACGGGUGUGGAUCGGCUUCUGGCUCAUCCUGCUGGUGCUGGUGGUGGUGGCCUGCGAGGGCAGCUUCCUGGUGCGCUACCUGUCCCGCUACACCCAGGAGAUCUUCUCCUUCCUCAUCUCCCUCAUCUUCAUCUACGAGACCUUCGUCAAGCUCAUCACGAUCUUCAGGGCGCACCCCCUGCAGCGGGUCUACAACGUGCAGGCCACCGUCACCCCCAACGUGGCCGAGCCCAACACGGCUCUGCUCUCCCUCGUCCUGAUGGCCGGCACCUUCUUCCUCGCUCUCUUCCUCCGCAAGUUCAAGAACAGCGCCUUCCUGCCCGGCAAGGUCCGGCGCCUGAUCGGGGACUUUGGGGUGCCCAUCUCCAUCUUCAUCAUGGCGCUGGCUGACUUCUUCAUCAAGGACACCUACACGCAGAAAUUGAAGGUCCCCAAGGGGCUGGAGGUGACCAACUCGACGGCCCGGGGCUGGUUUAUCAACCCCAUGGGGAAGGCAAACUCAUUCCCCAUCUGGAUGAUGUUCGCCUCCGUGGUGCCCGCCCUGCUGGUCUUCAUCCUCAUCUUCCUCGAGACGCAGAUCACCACCCUCAUCGUCAGCAAGCCCGAGAGGAAACUGGUGAAAGGCUCGGGCUUCCACCUGGACCUGCUGCUGAUCGUGGCCAUGGGCGGCGUGGCGGCGCUCUUCGGCAUGCCGUGGCUCAGCGCCACCACCGUGCGCACCAUCACGCACGCCAACGCGCUCACCGUCAUGAGCAAAUCCUCGGCGGGGGGCGAGAAGCCCCAGAUCCUGGAGGUCAAGGAGCAGCGCAUCAGCGGCCUGCUGGUGGCCGUGCUGAUCGGGGUCUCCAUCCUGAUGGAGCCCGUCCUGAAGUACAUCCCGCUGGCCGUCCUCUUCGGCAUCUUCCUCUACAUGGGCGUCACCUCGCUCUUUGGCAUCCAGCUCUUCGACCGCAUCCUGCUCCUGCUGAUGCCCCCCAAGUACCACCCCAAGGAGGUCUACGUCACCCGGGUGAAGACGUGGCGGAUGCACCUCUUCACCCUCACCCAGAUCCUUGUCCUGGCGCUGCUGUGGGGGGUGAAGGCCAGCCCGGCCUCUCUGGCGCUGCCCUUCGUCCUCAUCCUCACCGUGCCACUGCGCCGCUUCCUGCUGCCCAAGAUCUUCCGCGAGAUCGAGCUCAAAUGUCUGGACGCGGAUGACGCGGUGGUGACCUUCGAGGAGGCGGAGGGCCAGGACGUGUACAACGAGGUGCAGAUGCCCAGCUAAGGGCUUGUUCCAGCCUCCCCCCCCCCGCCUGUAGAUCCGCCGCCCCCCCCCCCCCCCGGGGACGCCGCUUUCGCCCCGUGGAGCCGUUUUCGAGCCGUUUUCUCCCUUUCUCUGCCCUUUUCUGCAGCGGGAGCACCCCCCGCUCCCACCGGCACCCCCCCGGGGCAGGGAUGUAAAUAAGCCAGCAAAGGGGGGAGAUGUUUGCAAUGGAGGUAAUCGUGGUAAAAAAAAAAACACAGAAAAAAAUAGUAAUAAUAAUGCUGAUGCUUCUGCAGGUAGGGCUUGCUCAGAACACAAGGAAAAUCAAAAAAAAAAAAAAAGAUGCAAAAAGCACUUAAAACUAGGACCAAAAAAAAGCAGCUGCGAGGAGUGAUCUGUAUAUUUGACUCUAGUGCCUGGGGGAGUUUGUAAUUUAUUUGGGAGGGCCGGGUGUGCUCCGUGUGCGUGUGUACGGGAGGGACGAGGCGUCGCAAGCGGCCAAGGAGCUGAUUUAUUGCCCUGCUCGGGGCCAAACCUGCCGGCAGGGGGGCAGGAUUGGUGCUGGUGGCGCUCGGGGUCGCUGGGCACCCCCCCAGCCCUGCCCCGUCCCGCCGGGAUCGCUCCCACACCGGCCCAGCCCCAGCUCCUGCUGCGGCUGAGUGUGAGUGCGAGUGUGACUAUGAGCAAGUGUGAGCAUGAGCGAGGGUGUCAGUGUGAGCAUGAGUGUGACCAUGAACAUGAGUAUGUAAGCACAUGGGAGCAUGAGUUUGGAUGAGUGAAUGUGCGCAUGAGCAAGUGUGAGCAUGAGCAAGAGUGUGUCAUGAGUGUGAGCAUGAGUGUGAGUGAAUGAGUGUGAGUGUGAACAAGAGCACGAGUGUGAGCAUGAACGUGAGCGUGAGCAUGAGCACAAGUGUGAGCACAAGUGUGAGUGUGAGUGUGCCUGGUUGGGCCGGGCGCCGCCGUUGUCCCCUUGCCCCCGGGGGGCCGCUCAGGGCCGGGCCGGGCUCGUGCCCCCCUCCAGGGCUUGUGCCCGCAGCCCCCUGGCCUGUCGCGCCCCCCCCCAUCCCGUGCCCGGCUCUAAUAAAGACUUGUGGACCCGA